UGGGUAAGGCGACAUUUCCUGCCCUCGGGGCCCGGGGUGAGAGAGAUGAGUUGCUGAGUGUGCACAUCUUUUCAGAGCACAGACACACACCCUGCUGUGGGGGUUCCGUUCCCAGGCUGGGCCCCAUGGAGUUCCCCCUGGCCCAGAUAUGCCUCCAAGGAAGCUGCAAAGCCCCUGUGCCUACCUUCAGCACCUUCCAGCCCGUGGAACUGUCCCACAGGAGCUGCCAGGACGUGGGUUUGCUUCAGGGGCCCAGACUCCAGGCCCUGAAGGCUGUGGAGGCCCCGCUCGGCCCCAGGGUCCCAGCCGCCCACGCUGCUGUGAGUGGGACCCCAUCUGGCACAGCAUCUGCCUUGGCUCCCAUCCCCCCACCGGCAUCACCUCAACCUCCAGGGGCUGCCUCCAGCCCAGAGGAUGCUGGGAAAGCUGAGGAGGUGCUUGAGGAAGGAGUCCAGUCCCUGCAGGCUGAGACACGGGCUUGGUUCCAGAAGACCCAGGCCCACUGGCUCCUGCAGCACGGGGCAGCCCCCGCCUGGUUCCACGGCUUCAUCACCCGGAGGGAGGCCGAGAGGCUGCUGGAGCCCAAGCCUGAGGGGUGCUACUUGGUCCGGUUCAGUGAGAGCGCUGUGACCUUCGUGCUGACCUACAGGAGCCGGACUUGCUGCCGCCACUUCCUGCUGGCCCAGCUCCGGGAUGGGCGCCACGUGGUGCUGGGCGAGGACAGCGCCCACGAGAGGCUGCAGGACCUGCUGCGACACUACACGGCGUGCCCGCUCAGCCCCUACGGGGAGACGCUCACAGAGCCCCUCGUCCGCCAGCAGACACCUGAGCCUGCAGGACUUUCCCUGAGCUCUGAAAUGCCAGAUUCUGGAAACAAGGAUACACACCCUCAGUAUAGCCCGAUCGUCAAAAAGUUGCAGAACAUGACCCCCACGCAGAAGGAGGGGGCCGGGGAGCCCAAGGAGCUGCCCAGGCCCAAGCCUCCCGUGCCCGCCAAGCCUCAGCUGCCCCCCGAAGUCUACACGAGCCCGGCCCCGAGGCCCCGCCCGGCCCCGCCCCCCAAGCCCUCCAACCCCAUCUACCAGGAGCCCGACGAACCCAUCGCCUUCUACGCCAUGGGGCGGGGCAGCCCCGGGGAAGCCCCCAGUAACGUGUACGCGGAGGUCGAGGCGCAGGUGCCGCCGGGCGCUGCGGGCCCGCCCUGCGUCCUCGGGCACCCCGCGCUGCGCAAGUGCAGGUCCAGGCCGGUCCCGGGGGGCCAGAACCCAGGCGCCCGGCAACCGCACGCUGAGAACUCUGUGACCGGACAAGGCCCUCCCGUGCCCCACCAGCCCCUGCCCUGCUGGGGGCACACCCUCCCCCACAAGCUUUCUAGACAGAGGACAGAGGACAAAGGACAGACGUGGCUUUCCCUGGGGCCUCCUCAGUAGCCGGUGAGUCUGAGCUGGGGGAGGAUAACCUAGAAGGAUAACACCAGGUCCACAGACCUUUGCACACCAGAUGCCCUUCUCAGGAAAUGUGUGUGGAACAAACCAUAGUCCACCAGAGCUAGCAAGGACCUCAGCCGUCAUCUACUGCAAAGAUGGCGCAAAGGUGUCAUCUUGCAUGCCAAUUGCCACCCAUUGGUCGUGGCUGCCUGGAGCCCUGCACUGGGAAGGAUGUUCUGGUCAUCUCUGCACUCAGCAGAAAAGAACAUCAUGAUUGAUUAGUGAUGUCUGCCGCAGGCAGGGAGGCAAGAGGAGCAGUGUCUCCUUUGCCCUUACUGAGCCAGGCCAAGUCCCUGGCGGUGCAGAUAAGGAGACAAAGCCUGAGGGGGAUAGCGACUCGGCCCAAGCCGAGGACUAGAACCCAGGCUGCUUCUUCCCCUGUCUGGCACCCUGUCUCUUACCCCGCAUCCUCCUCUCCGCAGGAAAUGUCUGAGAUUUCCUCAGAUAGGAAAUCUGGCUACUUUCCAGAGUUCCACGGCACGGAGGUCUGGGUGCCGGUUCCCUCCUCCAGAUCCCACCUCGGCCCUGUUCUCUGGACAGGUCUGGGCCCCCCAGGGAAGCCUGGAGUUCGAGGAGCAAAGGUGGACCCGGCUCCCUAGUAGGGACACACGCACUGGUUCCGUCCUGAGUCCCCGAGAAUCUGGCAGGCCUCUGAGGAAGUGUGCUAGGGCGGCCCUGCUGCCCCCCACUGCCCUGGCUUCUCCUCCCGGAGUCCGAUUUCCUUGGCCCUCUGAGCCUUUGGGUCUGGGCCCUGGUCCAAUGCUGCUGUUGUCUGAGGAAUGGUUUGGCGAGAACAGAUGUUAGAACUUGUUUGUUGAUUCUCGUCUGGCUAAUAAAUCAUCGCCAACCACCUCCCCCCACAGGGAUCAAGUGCUCCAGUCUCCUUCUGUCUCACUCUCUCUCCUAUCGUGGAAGGCAAGGGGUUGAACUGCCAGCGCAGUGGGGGCAGCGGGUCUGCGGGUUCCAGGAUACCUGGGCAAGGGUCACAAAUCUGGGGGCUGGGGGACUGCAAGGUAGGGAGCCGCGAAGUCUUUCUUGGCUGGGCUGGCAGGUACCCACGGGCAGAGGGGCGGUUGCAUCACCUGGGGGCGCCAGGAAAGAAAGAGGGGCAGGAAGGAGAGGGGAAGGCCCUGCACCUCCUUCCCCAAACCCCUACCAGUAGAGGACUGGGGGGCCCCUGCGGUGGCACUGGGGACUCUCUCAGCCAGGCUGCGUCUGCCCACAAGCUGCUCGAGGCUCUGGGUGCUCCUGUGGUCCCAUCGGGGCAGCUGGUCCUUACACUCGUUCCCACGAGAGCUUAGUCAGGACAGUCCAUGCCCGCCACGGUCCCUCCUCCUGCCAAGGGGGCCCAGAAAUCCCGCAGACCGUUCCCUGAAGCGGCUCUCCCUUGGCCGAGGUGCCGCGGGCCACGGCCACGCCACCCCCAGCCUGGCACAGGGACCGGCCCCAGCGACCAGUGCACUGCCCUCUUCGGCAGCCAGUGCUCAGCAGCUCAGGGAGAGCGUCGGUUGCUGAGUCAACAGAGUCGGGGUUCCACUCCCUUCCGUCUGCAGGUCUCCUGAGCAAGAAGAGAAAUGGGGAGGGAGGCGGAGGGGAGGGGAGCAGGUGGCUUUGCAGAGAUGGGGAGGCUGUCUCAGGGCAGACUGCGGGGCCACUCCUGGCUGAGUCCUGCGCGGAGCGGCCGUGGGACAAGGAGAGGCUUGCUGUCAGCAAGAGCUGCAAGUCAGGGUCUGAAAAUGGCAUUUCCUUACACUUGGGGAUAUAACGGGCCAGGCCGGUGCAGGGAGGGGGCAGAAAUGCCUCGUGACCCUGUUGGUGUUUCUGAAGGAGCAAAGCCUGCGAGAGGGGGGGUGGGGGGCGGGGCCAAAGCUGCCCCUCCUUGGCUGCUCCACGCGGCCAGGGGCAGGCUCGCCGAAGUGGAGAAUCUGGAUGGUGGCAUCAGCGACGAGCCUGGCUGCUGUGGUGGUGUCGUGCCAGCUAGUGGCAUGGCAGCCCUUCCUCUGCACCACAGCCCUUCUUCUCCACCACCUCCCCACAGAAUGCCUCCUUGUCCGCACAGGGAGCUGUUGUACAGGUCAGAGGCUGGGCACGGGAGGGGUCAGGGAAGCAGGACUGCUGGUGCUCCAGGGGACAGCAGACCCUUUGUGGCUGCUUUUCUUUCUUUUGGGUUCCACCAAAUAGGAAACUGAGGUCUGGAGAGGGGAGGUGACAGGGAGCUGGAGGCAGUCAGGCCACAUCCGGUCAGCCCCAUCCCGUGUUCCCCAGGUGCCAGGGGGCCCUCCCAGGCCAGAGGAUAAGGCUCCAGCUGCAGGCCCAGCCCUGAAAACCCGGGCGGGGGAAGUGACCCUGCUCGCCACACCCACUGGCACCCCUGCACCAUCCCGCCCACUCCACUCCCUCGCUGAGGUGGGCUGCUGCGGUGUGGCCGGCCAGGCCGGGUGAAGGUACAGGAGAAGGAACCGGGCAGUCUGUGCGGAGGGGGCUCCUCCCCAGCCAGGGACCGUGGUGGCACAAGCGAAGGGCAUUUCCCAGCCGGCUCCAUCUCCCGUGGUCCUUCCAUCCCUCUCCCUGCCCUCCAUACAGGGCUUUCUGGAACUCGGCACACUCAGACUGAGAGAGGGCAGUGUCUCAGCCCAGCCUGAGCCUACAGAAGGCUCGCUGCGUGCGGGGGCACAGCUCUUCCCUCCAGCACCGUGGCCGAGCUCUCUGCACUGUCCCCCUGAGCCGGUGCCCUUCAUCCUGUGUGCUCCCCCAGCUAACGCAGGACACGCUCAGGGAGGCUGGCUCCAGGACAGGGGCAAGUGGCAGUUAACACCAUGACCCCGUCUGUCCUGGUGCACAGUGGAGGACCAGGGGCCAAGUGCCACUGAGGCCCCACCCUCAGCCACCUCUACCUAGGACAUCUGUCCCCACCUGCAACAAAGCUCGGUGGAGGAAGAGGAAGCCAACAAGGGUAGGAGCAGGCUGCACUGUCCACUCUAGCGGGGUGAGGACCUGAGCAGGCCCCUCUCCCGGGGCCAGAGCCUUGAGGGAAGGAGACUGUGACAGCCUUGCCAUUGUUGUGCAGUUUCUAAGUCUGAUUUUUAGGGACAUCAGCUUCCGGGCUCUGCUCUCCUAGUCAAUGCCACACCGCACCCUCGGGCACAGGUCAGCCCCUUCCCCCCCCCCCCGGGGAGGCCUGGACCCAUUCUGACCAAAGCCUUUGCCCUGCCUCCCUGUGCCCCUCAGCUGGUGCUGCUGUACCAGCUUUAGCCAAGUAUCAUUCCUCCUCCUCCUUCUCUUCGCCAUCCUGGUGUUUUCCCUUUGAUGUUUAUUUACCGGAACUUAAGGCUACCACCUCCAGGAAGCCUUCCCAAAUGAGGACUGUCCAUUUCUAAUCUGCAUUUCUCUUGGUGGCCAGGAAAUUCCAACCACCAAAUAAAAUGUCACCUUUGGAAAGACUAAAAA